GAGCAGCAGUCAUGAAAUAACGUUUAUUUUUUAUUCAGCUUUUCUGGCCAGCCUGCAGUUCCGGUGUUGUGUCGAAAUGUGUUUCCCUAUCGAUUUGUGUUUCCCCCUAAUUUAACCUGUCCGACAUUAGCCUUUAGCCUAGCGAGACAUCUUCUAAAAUGCUUAACCUCAACCUAAUCUUACCCUAGCCCCAGCUAGCUAGCUCCACGACGCCUAACGUCAACCGCGGAGGGCAGCGCUAGGGAGACAUAAUUCGAGGGGUGAACAAUCUUCGCCGCAACACCUACUGGUCAGUGUCGUUUGCGCAUGCGUCGCAUUAAUUCUAGCGGAAGCGGCACGGCGGCGCUCACAGCUUGGCUGCUUGACUAACACUGAAUGAGAGCGCACUGAUUUCGACUUCAAAAUGAUGAAAUUUCUACCUAAACUGCUGCUGCUAGUGUUGCUAGCUUUCCCGGCGACUAUCCUCAUCAAAGGGCCGGAGGUGGGCGCCCAGGACCUGACUGAGGAUGAGGAGGCUGAGGCUGUGGAUGAAGACGUCGUGGACGAUGUGACGGCAGAGGACGAGGACGAUGAGGUGGAAGUGGAAGACGACGAGAAUGUGGAACUGACGGAAGAAAAAGAAGAUGAAGAGGAAGAAGCGUUGGUUGGAGAGGUGAAGGCUUCCCCCAACGCUGACACCACCAUCCUGUUCGUCAAAGGAGAAGACUUCCCUGCCAACAACAUCGUCAAGUUCCUGCUCGGCUUCACCAACAAGGGGUCCGAGAACUUCAUUGUGGAGUCUCUGGACGCCUCUUUCCGUUACCCACAGGAUUACCAGUUCUACAUCCAGAACUUCACCGCUCUCCAGCUCGGCACUGUGGUUCCUUCCGGCAGACAGGCCACCUUUGAGUACUCCUUCAUCCCCGCAGAACCAAUGGGAGGGCGGCCAUUCGGACUCGUCAUCAACCUCAACUACAAGGACAGCAGUGGAAACAUUUUCCAGGAUGCAGUGUUCAACCAGACGGUCACCAUCACUGAGCGAGAGGAUGGACUAGAUGGAGAGACGAUCUUCAUGUACGUCUUCCUGUCAGGCCUCGGGCUGCUGGUCGUCGUAGGCCUUCACCAGCUGAUGGAGUCCAGAAAGAGGAGGCGUCCAGCUCCAAAGGUGGAAAUGGGAACUUCCAGCCACAAUGACGUCGACCUGAGCUGGAUCCCUCAGGAGACACUCAACCAGAUCAUGCAGAGUCGCAGAGACAAAGCGUCUCCCAGAAGAUCUCCUCGCAAAAGGAGCCAGAAACGCUCGGCUGGCUCAGAUGAGUGACGGGCGCCCGGCACCACGGCGACACAACUUCACCCACCCGUCUGCGCAGGAGGAAGAGGAGGGCCGUGAGCGCACUCUGCCCUCUCUGAGAAACUUUAACCAGUGCCAAGCACAGCUAUGGCUGGCUCUCUACUUUCAGCUUAAAAACUGUUGAACACAAAACACACACACACACACACACACACACACGCACUCACACACACUCUGUUUAGUUUAACGAUGACAGUUUUCUGAAGCUGUCGCAGGAGGGAGAGAAGUGAAACGCAUCAUCCUGAAACAGGUGUUUGGUUUAAAAGCCACGCGAGGACAUUUUUCUCUAAAGGUUGUUGGUUUUCUUUAAGAUACUAUUUGUUUGUUGACGCCUUAGUAAGAUAACUGCUGAUGUGAUCAUUGUGAGACAGUUUUGAUUGUUUUGUUGUUGUUUUUUUUUACCUCUCUCUCUGGUGUAGGGCUGAAACGAACAGUGGCUUAAUCAAUUCAACCGGCAAAAUUAAUCAGCAACAAUUUUGUUAGUCGAUUUUAAAAGUCAAAGAAUAAUGCCCUGGUUCCAACCUCACGAAUGUCAAGAUUUAGCUUUUAUUUGUCUCAUACGUUGGUGAACUGAAUUUCUUUGGCUUUAUAAUUGUUGUUCAGACAAAAUAAGCAAUCUGAAGACGUCGUCUGGCUCUUGGAACUUGUGAUGGACAUUUUUCGCUAUUUUCUAUGUUUUAGACCAAAUGAUUAAUCAACAAGUGUUUUGCAGAUUUCUUGAUAAUGAAAGUAGUUGUUAGUUGCAGCCCUACUCUGGUGUGUAAUGGAGCCACGGUAACGGUAACAAAUGCAGUUUUUUGUUUUGGAUUUAUUUUGUUUUCAAUGCAGUUUUUGAGUUUGUAGAUUCUCUGCGCCGUCUCUGCUUUCUUGCUUUUCCUUCGCUCAUGUCACCGCACAGAUCCUGAGGAGAGUCUGAUCCUGGCGUCGGCUGUCACGCGUUCGCACACUACUGACGCUCCUCCUCAAAAAGGCUGCAAGGACUCCGAGCCGUCCUCCUGUUCAAAUGUAGCCGAGUCGAGGCCUCCUGCAGACUUUUUGAGCCGGUUGUGAAAGUACACAAUCCUUCAGACGGCAUGAGGGAACUCAUAUUUCAUAGUGUUGAUUUUUAAAUUUGGAUGUGACACAGGCAGCCAAAAUAAAGUGUCAAAAACAAGAAACGUGAAGGAGCUGCAAGAACGUAUACAUGGUAACAAUCACUGUGUAGUUUUCUGGGCUGUGACGAUGGUUUCUGAAAAUGUUUUGAUCCAACAUCGUUACUGAUUCACUGCGAGGCUUCAGCUGACCUCCGAGCUUUGUAGUCUAACGCUGCCUUCAGACACACAAUAGGUUUGGCGUUAAAGUGGUUUAAGUCACCCUAAAUUCACAGGUUCAGCUUGAGGGGCCUCAUCAUGUGGACACACCCGCUGUCAGCGAACAGGCCGUGUUAUCAUGAACAAGCUCAACAGUUUGGUUUCUCUACUUUAAAUUCACAUCUCCAAACCCUCGACGUGUGCCUGUUUUCUACUACUACUCGUUCUGGCUUCACUCCUCACGCAGCUUUUUUUUUUUUUUUCAAAAUCAGAAAAUAACUCACCAAACAGUGAAUUUGAGUCUUUUUGUUUUCUUUGGAUUGUAAAAAUGUGUAACUGGCUGAAGCACUGGUGUAAAUACUAGCUGAUGGAUGAUGACCUGAGAGCAAAAUUACCAAGCUAAUUUAUUUGAGUGACAGAUUGGGUUUAAACCGAAGGGAGGGGGGGUGUGCACUGUUUUUUUUAUUUUACCACUAGGGGGCGACACUGACUCGCUCUGCAGGCCUUGGGCUUUAUAGUUCCUGUGCUGCAGAGUGGUGGCAUUUAAAGCGUCGUGGUUCUGUCAGUAACUGACCUCAGUGUUUGGACGGGAACUCUUGGUUUCUGUCGUGUCCUUAAAUUUACUGCAGACAAACAGCAGGAGGUCCAAACAUUAACACCCAGCUGAGGCUUGUUGGUACUCGAACAUCCACAGAACCGGGCUGAUGUUUAGGUCUGUUUUUUUCUAAGAUGAUGGGGCUGUCAUUCAUAGAUAAAAGCUUAUACUUUUAUUUGCUUUUAAAUGUGCAGGAAAUAAACUUUGAUGAUUUGCUGUA